AUGCCUACUAACUCAUCUUUAAUUGAACCUAAAGCAAUUAAUGAGAUAAGUUAUACUUUAUACUAUGGGACUUUUAUUCACACGCCAAGUUUAAAAGAAUUGGAUAUAUCAUUUAAUACCAUUGUGGGAGUUAACAACUUGGGAGUGAUUGAUUUCAUUCAUAAGAAUUAUAAUCCUGAUCAUCAUAAUAAUAUGUCUCCUGUUCAAUUCUUUAUCAAAAAUAGACACUUUGAUUUCAUUGAUUAUUCUCAAGAACCAACUAAAUUCUUUGUCCCUGGUUUCAUCGAUACUCAUAUCCAUGCAUCACAAUUCCCUAACAUCGGUAUUGGAUUAGAUUGUCCUUUAUUAGAUUGGUUAAACAACUAUACCUUCCCAUUAGAAAAUGAAUUUACUAAUUCAAAUUCAACUGAUUCAAAAUUAAAAUUUGCUAAAGAUAUUUAUUCUCAAGUUAUUGAAAAGACUUUAAAUAAUGGUACAACCUGUGCAUCAUAUUUCACAACUAUUGAUCCUCAAACUACAAAUUUAUUUGCUGAAUUAUUAUUAAGAUUUGGUCAAAGAGGGUUUGUAGGUAAAGUUUGUAUGGAUCAUAAUGAAACUUAUGCCGAUUAUCUGGAAACAUUUGAAGAAUGUAUUGAUUCUAUGAAUGCAAUUAUCAAUCAUUUACAUAAUUUAAAUCCUCAAGAUGAAAUUUUAGUUAAACCAAUUAUAACUCCCAGAUUCGCACCUGUUUGUACUCGUGAUUUAUUAUUCUUUUUAGGGCAAUUAAGUAAAUCUCAUAAUUUACCAAUUCAAACUCAUAUAAGUGAAAAUGAAAAGGAAAUUGAAUUGGUUCAUGAUUUAUUUCCUGAUUGUGAAGAUUAUGCUUCAGUUUAUAAUAAACAUAAUUUAUUAGGAGAAUCAACUAUUUUAGCUCAUGCUAUUCAUUUAACUAAAAAAGAACGAAAAAUUAUUAAACAAAAAAAUUGUUCUAUAAGUCAUUGUCCAACUUCAAAUACAUUUAUUUCAAGUGGUGAAGCUCCUAUAAAGAAGUAUCUUUAUGAAGAUGAAAUUAAUGUUUCAUUGGGUACUGAUGUUAGUGGAGGUUUUGAUCUGAGUAUUUUAGCCAUUAUAAAACAUUGUAUUUUAGUAAGUCAUCAUUUAGCCAUGAAAACUAAGAAUCAAAAGGAUAAAUUAUCAAUCAAUGAUGCUUUAUUUAUGGCUACUCAAGGUGGUGCACAAGCUGUUGGUAUGGCUGAUCAAAUUGGAACCUUUGAAUUAGGUAAAAAAUUCGAUGUUCAAUUAAUUGAUUUAAAAAGUGAAGAUUCUAAUGUUGAUGUUUUCGAUUGGCAAUUACCAUUUAAAGAACAUCAUACAAGUAUUGAGAAUCAUAAAUCAUUAUCUAAAGAUGAACAAUCUAAAAAAAUGUUUGAUUUAUUAGGUAAAUGGAUUUUUAGUGGGGAUGAUAGAAACUGUGUAAAAGUAUGGUGUAAUGGUAGAUUGGUAGUUAAUAAAGUUCGUUAUAAUCAUGAUGACAGAUGGGUGAUGUGUUAAUUGAUUGAAUUUGCUUAUUUAUUUACGUUUGUGUAAAACAAAAAACGGUUAUGGUUAAUGUGAUGCUUGCAUCCAUUUCAUUUAGUUAACUCAUUGAUGAGUUGAUGACAUAUAUUCUAUUUAAUUCUAUGUAUAAUUUAA